AGAAAGAAAAUGUGAAAAUGGCUACUGUAAUGUCUGAAUCCGAACAGCCAUUAGAUAAUAAACUCAUUAACGGUUCACUCGCUGAAAAUAAACCUGACCUACAACCUGCAUCUUCUACAGUCGCUGGUUGUGACGCGGAGGUUUGUGCACAAGGCAGCGGCGUAAAAGGAGCGACAGAGCCUAGUGUUCCGUCUUCGCCAGCAAGUGAAAAUUCAUCUCCACAUGGCGCUGCUCUUUCACCACGCAACAAAGAUGAAUCAGGAAUGUCAUGUAAUAGGAAAUUUACGGCGGACGAGCAAAAGACGGAUGUGCUUUUCGAAAAUAACGGUGACCUUGUUUCAGCUGAGCCCGCAACUGACUGCGGGGAGACCUCGGAUCGUUUGCACAAUGAAAACAUCGGGCAAGAAAACAACAAAGAUGAAACGGCAGACAAAACUAUAGAAAAUGUCAGCAAAGACUUAAAGCUUGCUAGAGAGGAGGAACACCCACCAAAACAAGAUGAAGAGUCGAAAAAUGUAAGUGAAGAAUCAAAGUCUCAUGGAGAGGUAACACAAAGCACAGAAGUGGAGAUGGAGGACAAAGGUUAUCCUAAAAGCAUGGACAAGGUUAAGGACAACACAGAAGAGAAGGAUGCACAAAGUACAGAAGGAGAGACAGAAGACAAAGGAGAUCCCAAAGGCACGGAGAAGGAUAAGGACAACACCGAAGAGAAGGAAGAUGAAUCUAAGAGUGACGGGACAGGUAGAGUUGUAAAACGAAGGAAAAGCCGGCUGGAAUGCAAUGAGUGCGGUAAAAAGUUUACACGCCGCGAAACGUACAACCUCCAUCGACACUUCCACAUGCAUCAGGAUGAGCAGGCUUCCCUUGUUUGUAAAGAAUGCGGCAUCACUUUUCAGCAUCGAAGUGACCUCAUCAAACACCGCAGUAUUCAUAAAGAAAACAGCCAACCAAGUGUGUCUCAUUCCAACCGCUCUAAGAUUAUGUACAAGGAACGGAGGAGAUUUGUGUGUGAGCAUUGCGGUAUGUGUUUCUCGACAAUGAUGCGAUUAAGGAUUCAUGCUUGUGAGCAGACUGUGGAGAAGCCUUUUCGCUGCCCUCUGUGCCGCAAAGAGUUCCAGUAUAGGGUGUCCAUCAAUGCCCACAUGCAGAGUCACUCAUUAGACAGUCCUUAUCGAUGCCUGGAGUGCAACAAAGGCUUUCAGAGUUUGGGGACGCUGCAUAUCCACCAACGAUCCCACGCUGCACUGAAGCCGUAUGAGUGUCCAGAUUGUAGUAUGGUCUUUAAGCAUCGCUACGUUAUGGAGGACCAUCGACGCAGGCACAUGGAAGAAAGAGCCCACCUGUGCAAAAUCUGUGGGAAGAGCUUCAAAUACAGCAGCCUUUUGCAACAGCACCAGUAUCUCCACACCGGCCGAAAGCCUUACCACUGCUCGUACUGUGGAAAAGCAUUCGCUUUCGCGCAAAACAUGCGAGCACAUUGUCGACAACACAAAAAGAUCUCGGCUAGGUCAGAGGCACGUAUUGCAAACCAUGAUGUAUCUUCUGUGGGGCAAGUAGGUAAAGAAAACGCAAAAUUUGAGCAGCAGCGCAACUGUCCUCUAUGCCCUCAAAUUUUCUAUAAAGCGUCUGAUUUAAGAGCACACAUGUUAAUCCAUGAAGCAGAGUAUGAAAGAAUGAGCAAUGGCAAGAGAUUCGAUAAGGUCUAUGCAUGCCAAUAUUGUCCUCUCAAAUUCCAGACCGAAUCUCUCCUGCAGUCCCAUUCGCAAACACAUAUGACAAACAUUUUGGGUAUCAACGCAACGCAUAUCACAAAUCAGGUUAAAGCAGUACUUGAAAAGCAGGAUUUUGGAAUGGAUGAGGCCGAUAUUGACAGCAUGUCAGGAGGAGGGGGUUUGGAGAACCAAACAGAGAAGAAACCUUUCAGGUGUCGAGACUGUGGAAAGUGCUUUCGUUACCGUUCAGUGUUAGAGCUCCACAUGCGAAUACACAACAAGGGUUACCAGUGUCAAGUGUGUAAAAAGUCCUUUAGAUUUAGUAGCUAUUUGCAGCAGCAUUCGAUUAUCCACACCGGCAAAAAGCCAUACAAAUGCCCAGACUGUGGAAAGGAUUUUGCAUUUCAUCAUAACAUGAAAACGCACCAGCGGCUGCAUCAACAAAAGCCGUUUCGCUGCACGCAGUGCCGUAAGGGCUACAGUGAUGAGAGUCAGCUCCAGCGGCACAUGCUUUCCCAUACAGGAGAGAAACCUUACAAGUGUCAUAUGUGUGACAAGAGCUUUGCUUUGGCCUACUUGCUCCGAGAUCAUCUAAACACUCAUACAGGGGAGAGACCCCACCGCUGCCAAGAGUGCCACAAGUCAUUCCCUUGGCUUAGCAGUCUGCUUGUGCAUCAAAAGAUUCAUAUGCGUAAACGGCAAGGUCAGAGUCACAGUUAUUCACUGUCCAUACAUUCUCAAAGAGGUAGAGUAAGUACAGGCAGGAGAGGUAGGCCAAGGUUAGAUCGAGACAUUGGAAGGACGGCACCUCUACCUGGUAGAAUCGUACCAGAAACACUGUUGCCAAAUGUGGUUCCACAACAAUCCAGUAGCUUCAAUGCAAAUAGACGUGAACAGAUGCAGCUGAGAGCGAGAAAUCAUUCCCAGCAGGUUCCGUUGCAGCAAGAAUGGCAGCUACAAAUGGCGCCUUCAUCAGAAGAGCUGCUUCUCUCUCAGAAGCCCACCAGUUCAUUGGAUGCUCAGCAAACUAAUUCAGUGCAGAUGCAGUGGCCAGGAAGUCCCCUUAAGACGAUCUUGCCUAAAUGUGAGGAUCUCCCAGAGCUCAUGCACCAGCAGCAACAUUCUCAAGCAAGUGUACCCAUGUCAACACAACCUAAUCAUUACUCCGAGAUAAAUGUAUCUGAAGCAGAGCAAAAGGGCAAGCAUCCUUCUCUCUGGGUGAAUACUCCAAACUCCACUCUGCAGAAGACCUCAUCAGAAUCACAACACCACAUGGACAGGCCUUCACCUCUGAAUGUGAAAAUGCAGUCACCGAGGUCCAUGCAAGACAAGCAGUCGCAAUGGCCAGUACUCUGUGAUUCAGUGCAAACGUCUAAUCCAGAACUGUUCAAUAAUGCGUCAGAAGAUGGUAAAGGAACUGUUGAUUUGGAUGCAUCACCCAACAACAAAUCUGAUAAACUCACUCAUGACUUGCAAAUGCCAAAUUCCUCUGGUCUGACUAAAACAGAAAUGGGUCAGGCUGGUGGUGUAGUGCUAUCUGCUGGUGCUUCCGUUCUACCGAAUACUAAUCCAUGGGGAAUGAAAUCCUCUUUAGAAAUGUCUACAACUGUGAGCUUACAAGAAAUACCUGGGGAUGCGUUAGAGAAGCAGCAAAGCAGAAUAAUCCAGCACUUGCCUCAACAAAUGCAGCUACAACAGCAGCUUCUUCAACAGCAGCUUCAUCAGCCACAACUCCAGGAACAGCCUCAAAUACCUCCUACUUGGGUAAGUGCAACUCCACCAAACCAGAUGGGACCCCUGAACAUUCCGUUUGCACCUGCUCCUUUUCCUCUUGGGGACAGAACUCCGAUGUGGGGGUUUCAGGCUACUCCAGUCGUUUCUCAAACCCUUGUAAAUGGACCGGUUCAACAAGGCCACAUCCAACAGCACGUAACUCUAAUUUCUGGCCAGCGGAUUCCUUUAAAUAGCCCUCCAUCUUUUAUCUCACCACCUUUUCCUCCACCGGCUCUAAAUUUACCUGCUCCACAUCCUAUGCAUUCUGUUGGAAGGCAACUUCCAGGUCCGUUACCACAAGGCAUCUUCUUCACCUCACAGGGAAACAUAAAUGAGAUACCACUCAUGUCACAAGUAACAAACUUACCUCAGUAUGCCCAACAAACUGAUCUACACAAAAUGGGGAAUAAAAUGCCUUUUGCCCCAGAUCACCUGUUCCAGUGCAUGAUAUGUGGUUGUUCUUUGCCUGGAGAACUAGAAUUACAAAUGCAUUAUAUGCAACAUGCACAGCGAGAUGUCUGAGUUAGAUUUUUAGAAAUGAUAUACAAAGCAACAAUAGCUCAGUUUAGACUGUCUCUUUGCUGUUUUAUUGUACAUUGCUGUCAAGCUGCUGGAGUGUGUCAUGAUGAUUUAAAAAUGUAUUAAUGUUUUUAUUCAGUUAUUAAAUUUUCCAGCUGAACUUA